AUGCCACAUAACACAACUUGUAUUCAUGAAGUGCAAGAAGAACAUGCAUCUUGGCUUUUUCCUCAUAUUAACCUUGAUGGAAUUUGUACAUUUAAUGAAGUAAAACAAGGCAUGGGUCGAAGCAUUGUCAAGCCAUGGAGCAACCGGUUUGAUACAACUAAGAUUCUUGAAAGUGAUACAGAUGAUCAAUUAAUUCUAUAUAUUCCCUUUACUGGGAUAGUAAAACUUAAAAGUUUUGUAUUAAGAUGUUUUCCAGAUUUAACAGCUCCAAAAAGAUGUGAAAUAUUCAUGAAUCGUGAAGAUGUGGAUUUCGAUACAAUUGAAUCACUAAAACCUAUACAAUCUAUAGAUCUUGUUGCACCAGAAAAUGCAGGCGAAAUUAUAGAAUAUCCAGUAAAAACUCAAUUUUAUGGAAGUUGUAGAAACAUUACAUUAUUUUUUCCAAGCAAUUGGUCUAUAGAAAUGAAUCAAACACGUAUUUGUCUUUUGGGCUUUAAAGGCAUCUGGUCAGAACUUCGAAAACAACCUGUUAUUACAAUUUACGAGGCAGCACCAAAUCCAAUGGAUCAUAUUCAUGAGCAAACAAUUGAUGCAAGUCCUCAUAACAAUUUGUUUUUACAAUAA